UUCCGGCCAGCUUGUCGCGUCCGCUGUCAGAUAGGAGGAAGUCCUUCUCCGGAGAACGAGCCUCUUUAAAACAAAAAGACCCCCAAUAAAACCACAGCCGGGAGUUAAACAGAGUAUGGAAGCGAAUAGACCACCUCAGACGGCAGCCGGAGAUGCCCCUGGGACAGACGAGGACGCCAAAAAGGCGGCAGCAGCUGCAGCCAAGGCAGCGAACCGCCUGCCCGAAGUUCGCCUGGUGGUGCUGGGCUGGAGGUGGCCGGGGAAGAGCCUGACCGGAAACACCAUCAUCGGCCGAGAGGAGUUCCGCUUGGAGCGAGCCGCCGAGUUCUGCGUGAAGAGGCAGGCGGAAGUGGAGGGGCGGCAGGUGACCGUGGUGGACACUCCUGGCUGGUUCUCCGCCCAGGACACACCUCCCUCCUAUAAACAGGAGCUAGUGAGGGGGGCGUCGCUUUGCCCUCCAGGUCCACACGCCUUCCUGCUCGUCAUCCCCGUGGGCAUGUUCACGGAGGUGGACCGCGCUCGCAUCGAGGAGCACGUGAGUCUCUUCGGCGAGCAUGUGUGGAAGCACACCAUUGUGGUUUUCAGCUGGGCCGAGGUGCUGAGGACCAUUUCUAUCGAGAGGUACAUUCGCAGGGAGGGCAAGGAGCUGCAGCGGGUGCUGGAGAAGUGCAAGCGGAGGUACUUUGUCAUUAACAACUGCAUAUUCGGGGAGCAUCCCCAGGUACGGCGCCUGCUGGAGAAAGUGGAGAAGAUGGUAGCAGAUGAGGGGGGCUUCUACAACCCAGAGGAGGUGGAGAAGGAGAAGGAGAAGGAGAAGAAAGCUCUGGACGAGAACCAGAAUGCAGCCAGGGACGUGCGAGAGCUCGGGGCGCGGCCCAAACAGAACUCUGGUCUGAAUUUGUCGAAAGCCAUGGAGGUGGAGACGCUUUCCAAUUAACAAGACUCUUGACUGGUCCUCUAAAUCACCAUUAUCGGAGCCCCUGCCUUACUGUACCCGAGGCAAAGCUGCUUAUUUGACAAGAAAGAAAAGGGUAAAUAACAGAAAUGUUACUGAAUGUACAAACCUGUGUGAUUUUAUGAUAUUUAUUUUUCCAAUCAGACGCGUUACUGUGUGUUUUAGUUGUGCGCAUUUGUUUAUGAUGCCCUAUCUUCUCACUGUGAUCUCGGAGGCCUUUGCCACAAAAAUGCCCUUUUUAUUCUCCUGUUUUAAUGAUGUUCUGUUCUGUAGUUUGGAAGAUCUUUGGUUCGUAAUGUUGUCUCGAGGGUUGUGUGACGAGGAAAUGAUUAAAUUUAACCUAAAACAAGGAAGCACAAGCUGUUACACAGGUAGCCGUCGUUAUUUCUAAACCCAGUGUGUACACUCCUUCGUCAUGGCGGAUACCAACGGCAGAACUGCACUACUAAAUUGUUACCAUAAUACUCUGUUGAUGACUGUUAAGGGAAUUGCUGUAAACUAUUCCCAUUUGUUGUGACCAAACUGUAAAUGCUUUUCUCUUGCUGUAAGGUUUAUUACACUGUCAGUUAUAAAACACUUGAGCAGUU